UCAAAGACCCGACGAACGGGAGGAGGAGGAGGAAAAGUCAAGUCUGUCCCGUAAGACAUCUGCCUCAGUGCCCCCCCUUCACCCCCUUGCUGUGUGGAGGUGUGUGGUUGUUUGCAGGGGUCGGAAUAAAGAUGAGGAGAGACUAUCUGACACAAGCUUGGAGUGGCGGAAGGUUUUGUUAACAAGACUUGGACUGUGGAGAGUCUGGCAGGUAGCAACCACACUGGACUGCCCAUUAUUUCAAAUCAGUGGAUGAUGAUGAAAACGUCAUCCAAACCACCUGGAUCUCUAUGAAUAUUUUUGUUUAAUUGGAGCAGCUGUUUGGAAGUCGGACUCAGCCAAGAGAACAUUUUCAACAGUUUAGACUGAACAAAAACAGCAAAGGAAAGCAGAAGAACGGGUUUGUUACUGGAAGACAUUUCCACUUAACUGAAGUUCAUUCCAACCCAUUUGCUUCCCUAAGUGUGAGUUGGAUCGGAGACUUUUUGAUUACCCAAAGGUUGAGACUUCAGAGGAAUACCAGCUGGACACUGAGCAGCUUUUAAAUCAAACCGGAGGAUUUCAUACAGGUGCUUCAUCAUUUGGAUUCUGUAGGGGGAAAGCUCUCACCCGGCGUGGACUGUGGAGGGCUCCCCUCCCUGCCCUCCCAGCCUAUCUGUGUCCCCAGCAGCAUGUCCCAGGCUCUGAGGCUGCCUCUAGUCCUCCACACAGCACACUACCAUGAUCAGAUGGGCUGCUGGAGGGAGUAAGGCUGCCUCGUCCUGCUCCAGGACUGACUUUGGGGCUCAUUCUUGUUCUGGGACCAACCUCUCCACGCUGUUUUCCUCGUGGUCUCUGCCUCUCCUGCUAGCCCUGGUAGCUUUCGCUUUCACCCUACCCGGAGCAGCCUGCCAUCAGCUCAGGAGAGACAGACCGAGGAUCACUGGACCGCAAAGCCACAUGGCUACGCUGAACAUUUCUGAAAGCGAGGUCGUCUACAAGUCCAGGGUCACCGGAGGACCGCAGGGGAGGCAUGUACGCAGUUACAAUCAUCUGCAGGGGGACAUCAGGAGGAGGAAGCUGUUCUCGUUCCAGAAGUUUUUUCUGAGGAUCGACAAGAAUGGAAGGGUCAAUGGAACUAAGAGCAAGGACGACCCCCUCAGUAUUCUGGAAAUCACAUCAGUGGAUGUGGGAGUGGUGGCCAUCAAAGGGUUGCACAGUAACUACUAUCUGGCUAUAAGCAGGAAAGGAGAGCUAUACGGAGCGAGGGAGUUUGGCAUCGACUGCACCCUGAAGGAGCGCAUAGAGGAGAACGGCUAUAACACGUACGCGUCAGCCGAGUGGAAGAACAAAAAGCGGCAGAUGUUUGUAGGUCUGAACAUCCAUGGGAGGCCUGUGAGAGGGAAGAAAACACGCAGGAGGAACACAGCCACCCACUUCCUCCCAAUUAUGGCAUGAUGAGCCCAGGGAGUCAAAUGGGGGGGGAAGGACAAAAGGCAGCACUGGCUAAGUUCUCAAGAUGAAGACUUUGAAAAAAGAAAUAAGGCACUAACACUGACAAAGAAGUUCAUAUUGUGUACUUUAUUUGAAGGAGAAGGGUAUGUCUGUGUUUGCUGUGGCACAGGAUGCAAUAUUUAUCUUUUUCUGUGCCAAAAAGCUGGAAAUCAAUGGCGAGUAUAGAGACAGACAUAUGGGCAACCUUAUCAUUAAACACUAGAAAACACAACACUUUGAUACUUAACACCCCGUGUUUUUUUUUUUUGUUUGUACUGUAUGGAUUUAUUUAUUUUAUGUCUAUUUAACUGGAGGGGAACACUU